AUGUCAACAACAACCUCAACAGUGUCAACAGCAUCCUCAGCUGUGUCAACACCCUCAACUGUGUCAACAACACCCUCAACAGUGUCAACAAAACCCUCAUCAGCAUCAAAAACAUCCUCAACAGCGUCAGCAACAUCCUCAACAGCGUCAGCAACAUCCUCAACAGCAUCAACAACAUCCUCAACAGCGUCAACAACAUCCUCAACAGCAUCAACAACAUCCUUAACAGCUCUCAACAACACCAUCAACACCUCAACAGCGUCAACAACAUCCUCAACAGCGUCAACAACAUCCUCAACAGCGUCAACAACAUCCUCAAUAGUGUCAACAACAUCCUCAACAGUGUCAACAACACCACCAAACUUUUCAACAACACCUACAGCAGUGUCAACAACACCCUCAACUGUUUCAGCAACACCCAAAGUAGUUUCAGCAACACUCUCAACUGUGCCAACAACACUCUCAACUGUGUCAACAACACCUACAGCACCGUCAAGAACACCCUCAGCCAACUCAACAACAAAUUCAACAGUGUCAACAACGCCCAGAGCUGUGUCAACAUCAUCCUCAACCAUGUCAACAACACCCUCAACUGUGUCAACAACACCAGCAACAGUCUCAAGAACACUCUCAACGUCAACAACAUCCUCAACAGCGUCAACAACAUCCUCAACAGCGUCAACAACAUCCUCAACAGCAUCAACAACAUCCUCAACUGUGGCAACAACACCAUCAACCGUUAUCAAAACCUACAAUUGUGUCAAAAACAUCUACGGCUGUGUCAACAACACCCCCAACUUCUCAACAACACCCACAGAAGUGUCAACAGUGCCAUCAGCUGAGUCAAAAACACCCUCAACUGUGGUAACAACACCCUCAAUGGUUUCAAUAACAGCCUCAACAGCGUCAACAACAUCCUCAACAGCGUCAACAACAUCCUCAACAGCAUCAACAACAUCCUCAACAGUUGUCAACAACAAACUCAACAGUGUCAACAACGCCCAGAGCUGUGUCAACAUCAUCCUCAACCAUGUCAACAACACCCUCAACUGUGCCAACACCAUCAGCUGUAUCAGCAACAACAUCAACCGUGUCAACUACACCCUCAACCAUGCCAACAACACCCUCAACAGUGUCAACACCUACAAUUGUGUCAAAAACACGUACGGCUGUGUCAACAACAACCUCAACUGUGUCAUCAACAUCCUCAACUGA